AUGAUGUCAGAGUGCUCAGAACCAAGCAACCAGAGUCAAUCGGACUACCCGUAUUUCUUCACUGAAGAUGGCUAUCUUUGCCACAGGGACAGCCUAAAGCCCUACAAGUUCUCCUUCAAACUUAACGACGUCCAUGGGACCGUGAGGGAACAUCUGGCUCUUUGCCAUUACAUCACCCAGCAUGUAUAUAUGCUCCUCGAAAAGACACUGAACCUAACCAGGAUGAACCUGCAAAAUGGGUCCAAAGGUGAUUCCCUCUCUCCUGGCUUUGUGUAUAUGAGCCCAGGGGCCCUGGACCAUUGUGGAACCCUGAUGCUCUUGAUCCAGGAUAAGGGCACAAUGCGAUGUGGCAUGUGGAGCUGGAGGGCAGUGGCCCAUGAAGGCCUGGAGAGAGGCAGCCAGAUCCCCUAUGUGCGCCGGGCUUUGAGGCAGUCCCGUGCGAUUUUGCUAAUGAACCCAAACGAAGGAGGGCUGUCCCCAGAGGAGCAUGUCCGCCUGGUCUGGGAGAGCCUGGUGUCCAAGAGCGCUGCAGAGCGAAUCACUGUGGUGGCACAUGGUUACGGAGGCCUUGCCUUUGUUCAUCUGCUGUGUUGCCGUCCGGAGGAAAUCCAGCGCCGAGUCUGGGCGGUGGCUUUUAUUGACUCGUCCCACAGUAUGUGGCACCAACCCCUUGGUACGACAGGACGCGAAUGGCUGAAGGCACAUUCAAGAACGUGGGUGCUUAGCGCCAAGCCAACCAACCGCCCAGUAGGGUCCCUCAAGGCAGGCUGCCGGGUGAUGUCAGCAGGGACACAGUGUCACGAGGCCGCCCCUGCAGUCUGUAUGGAAUCGGUGUUUCGUUUUUUUGCCAAACUGAUGAGGGCCAAAGCCACACCUACUCCCUUUGAUAUCGUUACUAGGAGCAGGAGUCUCAGUGGGAGCACAAAGGACAGGAAAAAUAAUACAGCCUGA